UAUUUUGAAGAUGCAACUACUUAUAUUAGUGGAAGUACUUAUUCAACAAUUGGCUUAAUAGUUCCAGCAUAUAAUGCUUUACUUGAUAUAUUAGAAAAAUUUAUUGAAGAAAAAAGUACAGUUUCAACUAUUAAAAAUGCAGCUCAAUUUGGUAAUCAUGAAUCUGAUUUUCAACAUUUAGCUAAAAUGGCAAGAGAUUUUUUAGCAAUUCAAGUUGAAAGAGUAUUUUCUAGUAGCAAAAACUUAAUUACUGAUAAACAAAGUAAUUUAAAUCCAGAAACUAUUAGAGCAUGCAUAAGUUUAAAAGGAUGGGCUUCUAAGACUUCUAAAGAUCAGAUCCUUCCAUUGCUUGAACCUUCCUAUAAGGUGUUGGACGAAGAAUCUACCAUGAAUCUUCCACUUUCGAGCGAUCCUGGUGCGACGUCGUCUUGGAAUCUUUGGUUGGUUUGGGUUUUUCUCUCUGGUUGGACUCAAACAUUCCAUCAGCGUGACCUAGCUUUACUCUUCCUUGACGAUAUUGAACCUCCAGAAAAAAAGGAUUGA